GCAAUGUUGUAAGCUGGUAUGAGGAUGAAUGAUGUGCUGCAGAGCUGAAUCGUGGUCCAUACACGUGUAGAGACACUGAGGAGAUAGAUGAGUCUGUAGUGAUACACAACCAGCCGUGUUUAUCUCUGUCUUUAUUUUGUCUCACGCUUAGGGUUUUGUGAUAAGUUAUUUCUUACAUCGACGGGUUGUUUUGAAGGACAGCUCUGGUUGAAGAAUAUUUCGGUAAGUUGUAAUUUGAUGCUGUUAACAGAGGAUGUUGGCUAGCUAGCAAACAGUGUUCUGUUACCCGCUCAACAGUGAACAUCGGUGGCUUCCGGUUGAAACCCGUCAAAAUAAGUUUGUGCCUUUUGAACCGGACACUUAAAUUAGAGAGACGACGUGUUUCAAUUUAUUAGUAGCCCAAUGGAUAAUAGAAAAAGAAUGCGAAAGAGAGUUAAAUAUUGUAAUACACAACAUUUUGAACUACGGUGCUGUUUUCAGUGCCAUAACUUUCAAUUGAGAGCUAAGGUCGCUUUUAUUUUGGAAAACGGAAGUAAUGAACACAUGUUUAGGCUUGAGUUCGUCGCCAGUAUGUGAAAUGAGAAGCAAGUUUGCGUCCCUUUGUGAUAGAGGACAUUACCAGAACCGCGAAGUUUUUCAGAAAAUGGGGUUUGAUACAUGUCGACAGCAGACACGACCCUUGGCGUUUGUUUUGUGUGUCUGAUAGAGAUGAACUUACACCGCCUAUGUCUUACACCAAGAGUUAGCCAAAAGCUAAUGUGCUGGCGGUAUUAUUUGUGUCGUUCGCUGUUUUCACGGGGACAAACUCGACGAGCGGCUCCUCAUGUAUACUGCCCUUUCCGGAAGGGACACGAGGAUUCCCCACCCGCCCGGCCUACACAGUAUGCACAACCCAGCGCUCCUUAGUGCCAUGCUUUGUGUGGUUGAAGUGAUAUUUGGUGGAGAGUUGGGAAACUACUCGCUUUGAGUUCAUUGUUGACUUUUGGCACUUUUAGACAACGCUUGUUGGACCGUUUUGAUAUUUUACAUGCGUUACGUUGUAGAAGUUUAAUGAGGCUGAACCUUUAUUUUGAUGAACCCAAUAGUAGGGGAGAGUGGGGUAAGUUGAGUCCCCCCCCCUGUUGCUGGGAAAUGGUCAAAAAGAUUGAUCAUGUGACCAAAUAUUUAGAAGAUGGGCAUCAAUUCAUGGGGUCUGUGGAGGUUAGAAGCACAUGGGUGAAGGUGUUAGACAUUUAUUUACAACAAAAAAAUACAAAUACACGUUUAAUUAGAGUUUGGAGGAAUUACUUUUAUCAAGGGGUUAUUUUUUAGCCAAUGAAUCUAACUUCUUCAUAUUAACACUUGUUUCAUAUUAUGUAUGUGUAUUUAAGAUUUGUUUGAUAUUUCCCUGAGAAAAAUACUACCCAAAGCAUAACAACAUACAGUUUUGUGUCAUUUUAUUUCAAUUUCAAUCAUUUAUCUCCAGAUACCAGAGCAGAAUGAUGAAGUACAUCCUAGUAACCGGAGGAGUCAUCUCAGGUAUCGGUAAAGGAAUUAUAGCGAGCAGCGUGGGGACCAUACUGAAGUCAUGUGGCCUACAUGUAACCGCCAUCAAGAUCGACCCAUACAUCAACAUAGACGCUGGCACAUUUUCACCCUAUGAACAUGGUAUUGAAAGAGAAAUCUAGUCACUCCAGACUCUUUUUAAUCAUCAAUAUUUAUAUACAUGUGUACGUUACAUUUGUGCUUCUCUCUGUGCAGGUGAAGUGUUUGUGCUCGAUGAUGGAGGUGAGGUAGACUUGGAUUUGGGAAACUAUGAACGCUUCCUUGACAUCCGGUUGACCAGAGACAACAAUCUGACCACUGGAAAGAUUUAUCAGUCAGUCAUAAACAAAGAGAGGAGGGGAGACUACCUGGGCAAGACUGUGCAGGGUAAAGUGCUGCUUUAGAAGAACAUUAACAGGGUUAACUGUUAGGAGGAGAAAUGUCUGGACUGAUUUGGCGUAUUUCUUUCCCUCUCAGUUGUUCCACACAUCACAGACGCCAUCCAGGAAUGGGUAAUGAAACAGGCCAAAGUAUCUGUCGACGACGAUAAUGUAGAGCCCCAAGUUUGUGUUAUAGAGGUAGGCUGAACAUUUUUCAUGAUUGGUUACAAUCGCACCCUCAGUAUUCUUCUGAGGUAGAGACAUACGUGAUUGUCAUUGAUAAAAUGUGUGAUCUCUGUUACUGUUUGCAGUUGGGAGGCACUGUUGGAGACAUCGAGAGCAUGCCGUUCAUCGAGGCCUUCAGGCAGUUUCAGUUUAAAGUGAAGAGAGAGAACUUCUGUAACAUCCACGUCAGUUUGAUACCACAGGUAAGACGACAACGCCUUUAAGUCACUGUUAAUUUCCUGGUUCAUGUUGAUGUUUGCAUUUUUUUUACUGACAAUAAAUCCACAAAUUUAACGAAAUAGUCAAGCUUUAAAAAAAGAAGAUAAAAAAAAAAGAUACAUCUUCAAGGGGUGCAGAAAUGUAUUUUCAGCGCUUCGUUUUGAGACUUGAUGAAGUUGUCUUAUCAGUGUAUAACAUUGUCAUUAUUUGUUUACAGCCCAGUGCAACUGGUGAGCAGAAGACAAAACCAACCCAGAACAGCGUCAGAGAGCUGAGAGGACUGGGACUGUCCCCUGAUCUGGUGAGUCGUCUGCAGUCCACACUCCUCUGAAUAAAUGCUCCAUUUUAUUGUUUCUGUGUAUUGGAUGCAUAUGGUGUUUUUGAACUAUUUCACAAGAAAGGCAAGCUCCUGCACACUUUUCAAGUCUCAAGAGUAUAUAGUUGUCACAUUUUGAUCCUAGAUCUUCAUCAGGCAUAGUCUGAUAUACAUUUGUGCAGGUUGAGCAGUGUGUAGGAGUUUGCACUUUUUGAUUGUCUUGCUUCUUUCACACUCGCCUCUUUUAUAAAAUAGGUGUGCAAAUAAUGAAAAUGUAGUCAAAGCGUAUUGAAAUACAGGACAUGAAUUAUUUUAAUGCGUUUAUAUUUAAUACAUGUGAGUUAUGCUUAAGAGGUUGCAUCUUUGCCAUCAGAUUAUGUGUCGCUGCUCCACGGCUCUGGAGAACUCUGUCAAAGAGAAGAUCUCAAUGUUCUGCCAUGUGGAACCCGAGCAGGUACGUCACUGACAUUAACGCUCCAGACUCGGAGACCUCACUCUCUCAGGCACUCCACACUCACUGUAAUGUCGCCCGCAGGUCAUCUGUGUCCACGACGUCUCCUCCAUCUACAGAGUGCCGCUACUGCUGGAGAAUCAGGGCGUGGUGGGCUACCUGAGCCGAAGACUCAACAUGCCCAUAGAGACCCGACCACGAAAGAUGCUGACCAAGUGGAAGGAGAUGUCCGAUAGGUGAGAACAAAGAUAGCAGCUGAGCACGAGUUCUGUCUCCUUGAAUCGCUGAUUUUAUUCUAUAUUCCAUCUAUAUUAACACGCACUCUGUCCUCACAGGUCAGAUAGACUGCUGGAACACUGCUCUAUAGCUCUGGUGGGGAAGUACACUAAGUUUUCAGACUCCUAUGCUUCAGUCAUCAAGGCGCUGGAGCACUCGGCUCUGGCGAUCAGCCAUAAACUGGAGGUCAAGGUAUGAACUCAGUAUUGUUAAACCUCUCUGCUUAUUAUCUUGCUCAGAUUCAGAUUCUGGGUGUCUUUAUCUUGAUUGUUUUAGCAGCAGGAACACAGACAUGGAUACAAUAAUCAAGGGUAGUAAAAACUGUGAAAUUAGACUCAAGUCUCAGACACAAUGUAAAGAACAAUAUUAGAAACAUCAGUUAUGCAAUGUUGUCUCAAAACAGUCCUGAUCAAUCAGUCACCCAAUGGCUAGUCCUACAAAAAGCAAGGUAACUGCAAGGUGUAGUAACACUCAGUCUGGAUUGGUUGAUGUUAUUCCAUCUCUUAAGAUCUCCCCUCCUAAAGCCACCCCUGUGUCUUCCCCUCAGUAUAUAGAUUCAGCGUAUUUGGAGCCAAGCACUCUGCAGGAAGAACCAGUAAAAUACCAUGAAGCGUGGCAGAAGCUCUGCAGUGCAGAGUGAGUGAUGAGGAAACUUUUCUCCCAAGUAUAACAGUUAGAUCAUAUUCAGUGUGUGCGCUUAUUAACUGUAUUGUCCCGCUUGUGUCUUCAGUGGCAUCCUCGUUCCUGGAGGUUUUGGUGUCAGAGGAACUGAAGGGAAGAUUCAUGCCAUCAACUGGGCCAGGAAACAGAAGAAACCUUUCCUAGGUACACAGUGCUAUCAGGAUUAACAUGAUUGAACCACUCAGUGUUAUUUUAGUUUUUUUAUUUUCUGGGAUUAUUUUUUCUUUUUUUUUCCGACUACAACGCCAGUUCCAUAAGAGCUGAGUAAAAUGUUGGGGAAAAAACUGAAUUAAUGGUUUGAAAAUAGUUUAAAACCUUUUCUUUAAUUAAAACAAAAUUUUUUCAUAAUAGUUCUGUGCUGCCUUUUUUAACGUGGUCCCAGUAUCAAAUUUAAAAUCAGCCUCUUAUUACUCAUAAAACAAUCAUUUUUAUUGCUCUAGUUCAACCAAAUCUACUAAUUUCAUAAGAGUUAAGGUUGUCUAAAUCCUUGUGUGUCCGCAGGUGUAUGUCUAGGAAUGCAGCUGGCCGUAUGUGAGUUCGCAAGGAACGUGCUGGGCUGGGAAGGUACGAAUAACAACCCUGGUGCAGCUUUUCGUAUUUACAUUUCAAGGUUAAUCUGAUUGUACUUGUGUUAUCUGGUCUGGUUUGAUGGUAAGUUCCAGUGAAAAUAAGGAAAAGCUAAUAAAUUAUCCACUACUUAAGAUUUUAUUUGACUCAGAAACAGGAUUUGCCCCGAGCUCAAUUUGAAUGUGAAGAACUGCAGUGCUGUUCACAGUCUAAAGAUUGAAAGGAAACAGUUCACUUCACAGAUAAUCACAGAUGCUGCAACAUUUAAGUUCCUUUUUUUCAGCAUUUGUAUAAAAGUGAUUCCCUUCAAAACACACAACGUAUGCAUGACUGAUUAUUUGUCUUUGCCUUUCUCCCUCCUAGAUGCCAACUCUACUGAAUUCCACCCAGAAUUAAAAUAUCCUGUGGUAAGAUUUUUUUUAAAUACAUAAAGAACCUAGUUUCUAAACCUAAGAGGUGCUUUUUUUCCUGAUAUUUUCAUACUAAACAUCUGCCAGGUGAUCGAUAUGCCAGAACACAACCCAGGACAGAUGGGAGGAACCAUGAGGCUUGGGAAGAGACGGACCAUUUUCAAGACGACUAACAGUAUAUUACGUAAGGGAGACUUCAGUAUAAGUCAACUCUGCCACUGAGUUGAAUUUCAGCAUUAUUGGUGUGUUGUUGUUGCCUCUUGGUGCUCACAGCUGUUCGGUAUUUCAGGCAGACUUUACGGAGAUGCAGAGUAUGUGGAAGAGAGGCACAGACAUCGCUUUGAGGUUUGUUGCCUUCUGUUUUUUAGAAGCUUUGAACCACUUUUUGAUGGGAAAUCGAUGUAAACAGUGAUUUAUUUGUAUGUGCAGGUCAAUCCUGAGCUCACAAGUCACUUUGAGGAGAAAGGCUUCCGCUUCGUUGGCCAAGACGUCGAAGGGGAGAGAAUGGAGGUCAUAGAGCUGGAUGGUACGAAACAUCAAUUCUUCCUCAAAGAGAUGUACUACUAUUAGCUAACCUGGACCUGUUUUAACACUCUUAAUGGUCUAAUAGAUUCAAAAUGUUAUGCAAUUUUUUUGUUCUGUUAAUUAAAAUGACUACAUUUGUUAAUGGAGUUUGGUGGCAGGAGGAAGGUUGAUGCAACAGGUUCAUGUAGGACAUUUUUUAGAUGAAAAUGUCCACACCAAAAUUCUAGUCCUUCGUAUUUUGACCGUGUACAUUAUUUUGUCUUUAGAUCAUCCAUACUUCGUCGGAGUGCAGUACCACCCUGAGUUCACAUCUCGCCCCAUCAAGCCAUCACCUCCUUACUUCGGUUUGCUGCUCGCCGCUGCUGGAAAGCUCCAGAGCUACUUACAGAAGGGCUGCCGUCUGUCUCCACGGUAAACCGAAUCAGUCCCAUCAUGUCCCAGUCACUGUGAAGGAAGUUGUGUUAGAUCUGAUAUCUGACUUGACUCUUCAAUUCUUUCUGUGACAUACAGGGACACAUACAGUGAUCGGAGUGGCAGCAGCACCCCAGACUCUGAGAUUUCAGAGCUGAAAUUACCCUCCAUCUCAAGUGAAUGACACAGAGGUACAUUUGAAGCAAGGCAUCACUGUUUUAGAAAUGUGGACUCUUGCAGUUCGACUCCAUUUUGAAAUAUGUUAUUCAGACAUUAUUAAAGGGGUACAUUUUUAUCCCGAGUGGAAUUUUAUUCUCAUUACAGGUGUAGGGUUUCACAAUUAGAAAACUCUGGACUCCAAUUUUGCCUGACCCACAAUUUUAGUGAAAUAUAGAGUGUGUGCUCCACCUGAAAAAACUGGUGGCCUAGAAGUGUUGUGAUGACAUGUGUGCCUGAAGAGCUGUCUGUGAAUUUCACUCUGUAUUAUUUGGUGCGAUGUGUCAUGAUUGCAGUGUAACAUCUCGCUUGAAUGAUGGACCAAAACUUUGAGUAAUUUCAACCUUUUUUCACCUUUUGAAGCUGGCACAAGAAGUAAAGUCCUCUUGUUCCUCCUGCCGCAGAUGAUGCUGGGCACGCACACCAAAUUCAUUUCCAUAUGUACAUUUCCUGAUCCGUUUCCUCUCAUUCCUCUAAAAUAAACUGUCUCCUGUUACCACCCUUUCUGGGUUUUGUUGUGCACACUUAAGUGUAGGGCUGGAAGACAUUGGGACAAAUUGGCAGUACAGUGUUUUUCUACAGCCCUGGUCAGCCCUUCAUGAGUAAAUCAUACUCUAGCUAACAUAAAAUGAAAGCAAGACUGCAAUAACAUACUUACAGUACUGUGAUAUCAAUAUCAAAGCAGCCAAAUGCAUUUCUGAGGGCGUCUUAGCUGAAACAACCCUGGGACGAGUAAGCAGACACUGGAUCAUUUAUUUCCUAUUCGCUGUAGUUAAAAACUACAAUACCGGAAUUUGAGAAAACCCUGAUGGGGUUUCAGUCCUAGAAUUCUCAUCAUAGAUCAGGAAAUGUGAUCUUUACGCACUAGAGGGUGCACUUAAAAUCUGUUUGGAUUGUCAGAGCACUGCAGCUUCCGUUGCCUCACAGUUAUUGAAUGAGCUAAAUAAAGUUUGACUUGUGUUGUUUGGCUUAAUGCGCUUUAUGCAUGAAAACAGACACAUUCAUCGAUGGUGCGCCUUAUAGUGCGAAAAAUAUGGCACUGAAUUAGCCUUUACCAGAGUAGUUAAGUGAUCUGUUCAUGGUUUCUAUUGUGUAUUAAUGCUGUGCUUAACCCUCUCUCCCUAGAGUUGUCCUGGACUGACUCAGAAAUGGACUCUGGAUGACCCAGACUGCUGACAUGAAAUAGGAGGAAGUGUUUCCUGGAGUAAAUAUCCAUACUGGACUGGAGUCAGUUACUUUUACUUAAACCUGUAUACUGUCGUGGCCUUGCUGUAAAUAAGUUAUUAUGGGUUUGCAGCUUGCUCCAAUCAAAAUGGCUUCAAAUGUUAUGUGAAUUUUAGGGAGUGAAAAAUAAAAAGAAAGGGAUCAAAAUAUA